AGUCAACACUAAACAACCAUUGUGUUGUUGUCUUCUUCUUUGCUUUGCUGCCUUUUGCCAUCUUCCGCAGCUCCGCACCAUGGCUUCAACCUUCGCCAAGAGACUCACCUCCUCGCUGUUCAGACCUAAUGUCUCUCUUUCAUCAUCUUAUCCUCACCUCUGCACCCAGCAAGGUCUCUCAGAAAGCGCAAAGAUCUCACCUUUCCUCCUUCAAUUCUUCAAUUCCACUUCAAUCAAGUCCCCCUCUUCACUGAACCAAAACCCCAAUUUCUCAGAUUCCCUUCUCACUGGAUCAACUGCCCACUUUAGGUAUCUUCCUAGCUUCAAAUACCCAUUUAGCCAUGGUCAAUUUUUGUUAAAGAAUUGUGAAAAGGUGAGGUUUUUAUCAACAACUUCUGAGCCGCCAUCAAAUGGCAAUGACAAAUCAUCUCAAAGUGGUUCUGAGAUUCAAAACCCUGAGUUCAAGCACCAGGAGAUCACUGGGCCCACCGUGGAGCGCGACGUUUCCGCGCUUGCCAAUGAGACCCGAGAGGUUCUGGAGAAGAUGAUGAAGAAUGUGUACAGUUUGAGCAAGGCGUUGGCUGUUCUCAGCCUUGUCCAGCUGGGUUUGGGCGCCUGGUUUCUGUAUUCCACUAGGGAUUCGCCCAUGCCUGAGAUUUCUUUGCAGAGCUUCUUGGCCUUUGGGCUUCCCAUUUCAUUGGCUUUCAUGCUCAGAAGGUCGCUCAAACCAAUGUAUUUCUUCAAGAAAAUGGAAGACCAAGGGAGGCUCCAGAUUCUCACUCUUACUCUUCAGGUUGCCAAGCAAUUGAACUUGUUCUUUUGUCGCGUCCAAGGCGUUUCUUAUUCGUGUAUUGGUGUUGCCGCUCUCGGAUUGAUCUAUGUUGCUUUGUCAAGAUAAAUUUCGCCAGUUGAUCUUUUUGAAAUAAAUAUAACUGCCAUUCUUUAGUUUUAUUGCACGUUUUCGAGAAUGAAUGAAGAGAAACAAUGGUGGCUUUGAAUGGGUUUAUAUAUGUUUAUAUGAGUGAAACUAAAUGGCCAUUGUUGAUUUUUGAAGCAUGUAAUUCUUAGUGCUUUAAAUUAACUUCAAGAAAAACCAUUGAUUUCUGGUAUUCAA